AUGCAACAUAUAAUUACAUCACAAUUUGAUGUUUCAUGUCAUAUGGCAUUACAACUUAGCGAAUGUCUUCUUGAAUUAAAAAGUUUCGAUGAAUCUAACAUAAUGUCUCGACAUCUCUAUUUAUAUCAUACAAAAAAAUAUGAACUUGGUGAAACGAUGAAAUUUAUCUAUGAAAAUUUGAAAGAUAAAAUACAAAACUAUCAUGAACAUUUAUCUGUUUGUCGUGAAGAUUUUCUUUUUGAUCAAUUGACUAUUGAUGAAACUGUUAAAUUAACUGAUAAAAAACUUGGUGGUUAUACAGGUGGAUGUGGUCCAGCUCAUCGUUCAUUUUUCCUUGCACUAUGUCCAUGGAUCGAUGAUGAUGAUCUAUAUAAUAUAUCAAAAAAAGAAGCAACAUUAACUUAUUUUAAUCCAUUAGCAUGA